UCGCGCUGUGAUGACGCGCAGCUGGGUCUCCCUCCCUCGCUCCCUUCCCCUCUAUUGUUAGAGGUUUUGGUGAAGGGGUUGACGGGCACCGUGUGUACCACUGGGAUUGCCCAUGCUGUGGAUUAUUAUUGAUAUAGGGUAAAGGUGUGUGCAGGCACCACCUUUCAAUGCAGGAACAGGAUGUGAUGUACCAGCAGUAGUGGCUGCUGAUUUCUGUCCAGCUUUGUGUUUGCAAGCGGGGAUCCGUCCCCUCUUGCACCAAGGACAGGACAUGUUUGAAGCCAAACCCCGGGCUGUGGAGAAGAAAGAGUCGAGCACUGAGACAGAUGAGGGGCUGGGCAGCAGCGGGAGGCACUACGGCUCGCUGGGCUCCAGCUCAGCUUGCUCGGUCUACCUGUCAGACAGCCAGGACUGGGCCGUCUCCCCGAGCUGCUCUCCAGAUGAAGCCCCCGGCCAGCACAGCGCCAUCUCCCCCAUGCUGGCCGAGGAGACUUUCCGCUACAUGACGUAUUUUGCUUUGGAGCCCUCCUCUUAUUCCCACCCUGGCUCUCAGAGCCUCUCCAAAGUUCUUAGCGCUGAUCGUGUGGAGCAGAUGACAAAGACCUACAAUGACGUGGAAGUGGUCACACACCUUCUGGCAGAGCGGGACAGAGACUUGGAGCUGGCCGCUAGGAUUGGUCAAUCACUACUGCACAGGAACCACCUGCUGCAGGAACGUAAUGAGGCCUUAGAGGAACAGCUAACACAGGCCUUGGACCAGGUUCACCAGGUGCAGCAUGAGCUCAGUAAGAAGGAUGAACUGCUGCGGAUGGUGGCCAGUGCCUCGGAGGAGAGCGAGACGGACUCCAGCGUGUCCACGCCGCAGCAGCAGCCUCAGCCAGUGGGACUAGCCACCGCUGCUGCAGCGCUCAGCCAGCUUGAGUCACUGCAGAGCAAGCUGCAGGAGCUGGAGGAGGAGAACCUCGUGCUGAGAUCUGAGGCAUGUCAGCUGAAAAGAGACACCAUCAGUUAUGAGGAGAAGGAGCAGCAGCUAGUGAGCGACUGUGUCAAGGAGCUCCGCGAGUCAAACGGCCAGAUCGUGUCUCUAACAGACGAGCUGUCGAAGAAGAAUGAAGAGCUGCUCAGACAUCAGGAGGAAAUCGCUCAGCUGCUCUCUCAGAUAGUGGAACUACAACACAGAGUGAAGGAGCUGGCUCUGGAGAAAGAGGAGCUGAGGAUCCACUUGCAGGCUUCCAAAGAUGCUCAGAGACAGCUCACAGCAGAGCUGAAAGAGUUGUCAGACCGGAAUGCGGAGUGUGUGGAGAUGCUCCAUGAAUCCCAGGAGGAGAUCAAAGAGCUGCGCAAUAAAAACACUCCUUCUGCUGGGAUGAGAAGGCACCUCUCCUACGGCCUCUACCCCAUGGACUCUUUGGCUGCAGAGAUCGAGGGCACCAUGAGGAGGGAGCUGAGUGUUGAGGAAGAGACCGCCUUUAAGGACCAAAGAGUAUCCCAAAAACGAGUAUUCCAAACAGUCCGCUCCAUCAACGCCUCAGCAUCACGUCCACCCUCAGCCACGCCCCCAAUCCCGGGCUCAGGUCAGAGCUCCUUGGUCAUGACUGCACAGCCUUUCCAGUCCAAUCAGGGGGAGGAGGUGCGUCUAGGACAGCCUGGAUCUCCAGGAGGAAACGACCUGACCAGAGCACUCCACCGCCUCUCCCUGAGAAGACAGAACUUCCUGUGCGAGCGUCAGUUCUUCCAGGCAGAGCGAGAGAAGAAGCUGCAGGCACUGGCGGACGGAGAGGGCAGUGGCUACAGCUCGCCGAUGGGCAGCGUGGUCUCGUCUUUCUCCAACCUGUCAGAGCUGUCGUUCAGCUCCAGCGUUUUCAAAACCUUCCUGCCUGAGAAGCUUCAGAUCGUCAAACCCAUGGAAGGUUCCCUGACCCUCCAUCACUGGCAGCAGCUGGCAAAACCCCACCUAGCCACCAUCCUGGACCCCCACCCUGGAGUGGUAACCAAAGGCUUCUGCCCCCUAGCUCAGGAUGCAGUAUACCGCCUGUCUGACAUGGAGGAGGACGAGGAGGAUGAAGAGCUCAGAAGGAUCAAUGACAUAGAGAAAGGGGCAGCAGAGCGUGGAAAAGACGAGGAGGAUGAAGAAGAAGAGGAAGUUGGGAUCACCUUUAAGGUGCACUGCACAUCAACGCCGGAGGACAGGAGAGACAGGAAGCUGUCGGUGUCGCCUCUACCUGUCCUACCUGUCCCACCUCUCUCCCCUACGUCACCUGGGAUUUCUGCCUCUUCCUCAUCUGUCAGAUCAGACUUCAGGCCUGUCGGUGAGACCUCCAGCCUGCCAGCUCAACCCAUUCCAGCCUGUACAGCAGCGGUCCAAUCACAGAGUUCCACCUCAACAUCAACAACAACAACAACUUCCUCUGUCCAAAAUCCAGGGAAGUGUCAGAGCUCCACCUUCUCCACGUACACCUUCACAACCUGUCGCAUCCUUCACCCUAGUGACAUCACACAGGUCACCACAAGCUCUCAGUCAUCCAUCAUGGCCAACACACCCAGCUCCAUGAGGACAGGUCCCAGCACCCCUGUAACUCCCUGCAGACUGAGUCUCGGUGACUCCUUCCCCCCUCGGCGCUCCCCUGUGCCCCCCAGUGGCUUGGCAAAACUAGUCCUGGAGAGGGGAAUUUCUGCACAAGUCUCCACCGAAACCCCUCCUCCAUCCCCAAAACCCACACUCCGACAGCCCCUCUUCCGCCUCCUCCCUAGCACGCCCCCUAACUCACCCUCCCACUCACCCUCUCCCUCCCCUGUGCCCACAGAAUCCCGCCAGCACUCAGCCGAUAAUUUCCUAGCUUCGCGACCGGCUGAGCUUUUCCUCCAGGACGUUUAUGGGUUAAAUCUCGGCCGUGCUCCACAUCCCGACCUACCAAGCCCCAACCAGGAAACCCCAGGCCUUGUCCAGUCCCCUAAGCCAGGCCGAGUCCGGCCUGACCAGGGUAACGUCGGUCUUGUGGAGAGGUUGCGCCAGAUGGGUUUCACCAAGGUGCUUCAGGGUGCAGAGUCAGACACGUCAGUGCAACGCCAGGAUUCUGCAACUUUUGUGUCAACAGGAGGGGGAAGCCUAUUGGACGGCUUGAGGCGCAACCAGAGCCUCCCUGCUAUGAUUGGUGCCCGAGCAGGGAGGUCGUCCAGUAUGCCAACACCUCCUCAACAUCCUACCACUCUUGCCCUCCCUCCACCACCAUGGGGGAACCUCAAAGAGCGGCGACGGCACCUUGGCUCCGUCUCGAGUUCAACCAAACGCUGAAAUAAAGAGGCAAUAGGAACAGACUCUAGAACUUGAAUUUCCUCCACCAUCCUCCUUCUUUUCUGCCUUUUUGGAGAGAGGAGUCAGGGCAUCUGGUGGAACGAACAAUCCCUCCUUUUUACGACUUUAUUUUAAAGCACAAUUUAACUAAACUGACUGUUUUUAGCGAUACUGCAGUGUCUAUGUGUAGAUGUGAGUAGUUACUGAGGCCUUAGUUUGCCUCUGAGCAGCUCUAGGUACCUUCUGAGUCAUGUAUGAACUAGGUUAUGUAGUUUCCUGUGAGACUCUGGAUGCUCUUGUAGAGGAAUUAGUAAGGGACGAAUUGUAAGUGGACGAAGGUUUGUGGAUGUGUCUAGGAAAUCAGUUUGAGCUAAUGUAAUGUAUAAAAAGGUCUUGUAUGUUUAUGUCAAAAGAGAAAGAAAGUGAAAAGAAGGACAGAGCAUCCAGAGUUUUGCUUCUAAGGGCUUGUUCUGUGUAGGUUUGGAAAGCUUUAGAUGGAAAUAGAACAGCAUCAUCUGCAAAGAAAAUCACAGACAGAAGAGAAGGGAUUCUACAUGCUUUUGUGACUUGAGGACUAAGUGCUAGCUGGCUUAACGGAAUACUGCCAGGCUAAUCUUGUAGUCAGACCGUGCUAUUAACAUGCCAGUAUUAAUAUUAUAAGGAUUUUACUGUCAUAACACGGAUGUCUGGUGACCGUCCAUGUGCUCUCCUCUUCUUGCUCGUGUGUGCAUGACACAUCAAAAGCAACCUACGGGUCCCAGCAUGCACCUGUCGGCAGACAGGUAGGGUCGAACUGAAGGCAAAAUCAGAUCCCAAGCAAAGAUGGUCUGUUAUUUCUUUCAGGUCCAUGCAUUUUGUGUGUUUUAUUGUAUGAGGCCUUAAGUAGAAGCCAGCACUGUUCUGAUUAAGCUCCUGUGAAGCCAUUUUGUAUAUAUUUGUUGCACUCAGUGGAAUUUGGAGGUUUUUCAUUUGAGGAUCACCGCUUGGUUGGAAGCAGCUCAACUUUGAGCCCUUAAAAGAAAAAAAUAGGAAUUUUAUUAUUUCAGUGUGUAGCCAACAUUUUCUUAGGCCAGUGGAGCUUUGAAGUUUGGGCUAUAAAGAGGGAAAUUUAUUAACACAUUAAUUUAAAUGUAAAACUCACAUUCAGGUUUUUCUAGUAGUUGUUUUUUAUUUAAGGCUCCUGUAAGAAACGUUGGUUUAUGUUGAUUUUGGCACCCUCUGUGGACAAUUUGGUACCAAGCAUUGUGCUGUACAUGUAUGUUUUUUUAAGCAACAAUUAAGUCUGUUUUGGCACCUACCCCCCAUCACAGCAUUUCUUUUAGCAUUAAAUAUAACCGCCCAGAAACACUCCAUCUUUAUGCUGAUGAUCACCUUUACUCUCAUUGCUCACAAAGAGCCACCACUCCCUUUUUUUUGCUCUUUCUUUAUAACCAGUUAAAAUUCCUUACAGGAGCUUUAAAAUGUAGCCAGCGGAUGGGAGGGCACCCAUAGAAAAUCAAGAAGCGUGGUUAACCCUGCAUACUCCUGUGUUGCAUACUAUGUUAAUGAAGCUUUAUGCUUGACCCCCGUGAUCCUUAAACCUUAAGUGAUGCCAUACCUGACACACACCUGUCCAACCAGAGCCUCCGAAUCAGACAACGCACUUUUAUUUUUUAUAAUGUUUUACUGACACCGCUGUUUGGAGUUUAUUGGUUCUAACAUAUUUGAGAAAUUUUUUGCUUAAGUGUGCCUGUUUGAACUAUGUCAGCUAAUAUUUUCACGUAAGCUUUUAAUUUAUGUAGCACGUUUAGUUUUGCUUAAUUUGCCUCACAAGGGAAUUCAAACAAGCCAAAUGUUUUAUUAUGAAGAAUUGGAAUACUCUAGUUUACUCAUGUUCAGGUGUGGUGCAGUUUGUACUAAGCUUUGCCAUAUUUAUUAAAGGAAGAAAAGCUACUGCUUUAUUAUUCGUUGUAGGAUUGGAUAGUGGAAAAGAAGGCAUGUAAAGGCUGUUGAUGUCUUUUAGAUCAGUUGUAGAUGUCAUAUCCACUGCAUUUGAAAAGCAGACGGUUCAGGUUUCUUUCCUUUUUUGGCUCAAGUGUAAAAUGUCCUGUGAAUUCUUGUGCCUCCCUUCCAAGAUCAUGAUCCUCUAUAAAGUACUCAUGGCUUUUAUUCAGUUGCCUCUUUUUUAAAAUAAAGCAUUGGAAAUAAAGCCACUGACUGGUUAACUUUUACUCAUGCAUGCAAAAACCCUUGCCCCUAAAUCCCACACAAAAUAGAAUCCAACCACAUUUUAUUUAAUGAAUCACAAGUUAACAUUUCAGUGAAAUUUGCUAGACAUGUCCGUAACUGAAAAAAAAACAACAAAAAAACAGUCGUAGUAUCAUACCCUCAGGCUUUUUCUGAAGUUUUUUGGUGUGAAAGCUAGAACCACAAAGCAGUCUGCCAUGAUGUAAUCCCAAAACCUAUGGGGGGCAUCUGAGAAUGUCUUGGCUCAAAAUUAAGUCUAUCAUUAGCAUUUAGCUUGCUGACAAUGUUCAGGUACUGUACCCAAGAACUGGAAAUUUUGAGGUGGUAUGGCCAUAUUUAAAG